CCAGCUUGUCGGCCGGGUCCGCGAAUCAGAGGCGACGCGUCUUUCGCCGCGACUCCCGCAGGAAGCGCCGCCAUGGUUCCUCCCGCCUGCCGAGACGCUUCUCCUGCGGAAAGCCGGGGUUGCUCCAGAUGAGCAGUACUGGACCUAGCCCAAUGUCAUCUGUUCCAUCUAGCAGUGGAAGAGGGACUGGGAGAUCAACAAACUUUACUCUAGAAUUACAGAGUAUGAUGUUUUCCUUAGGAGAUGCUCGCAGGCCCUUACAUGAAUCAGCAGUAUUGGUUGAAGACAUUGUCCACACUCAGCUGAUCAAUUUGUUGCAACAAGCCUCUGAAGUUUCUCAGAUGAGAGGAGCUAGAGUAAUCUCUGCAGAAGAUCUCAUUUUUUUGAUGCGCAAAGAUAAGAAAAAACUUAGAAGAUUACUUAAAUACAUGUUUUUCCGAGAUUAUAAAUCUAAAGUUGUCAAAGGCAUCGACGAAGAUGAUCUUCUUGAAGACAAAUUCAGUAGCAGCACCAACAAACGGCAGAAAAUUGCUCAAGACUUUCUUAUUUCUAUUGAUCAGACUGGAGAACUCUUAGCCUUGUUUGAAGAUGAUGAGGUAGAUGAUGUAAAACAAGAAAGAAUGGAGAGAGCAGAAAGACAAGCACGAGUGAUGGACUCAGCACAAUAUGCAGAAUUCUGUGAAAGUCGUCAGUUGAGCUUUUCCAAGAAAGCCUCCAAGUUUCGAGACUGGUUGGACUGUAGUAGCAUGGAAAUAAAACCAAAUGCAAUUGCUAUGGAAAUGCUGGCUUAUUUAGCAUAUGAGACAGUAGCACAGCUGGUGGACCUGGCCCUUUUGGUCAAGCAGGACAUGGUACCAAAAGCUGGUGAUCCUUUUAGUCAUGCAAUAUCUGCUACUUUUAUACAGCAUCACAAUUCUGAGAUGCAUGUUUUAGGGCUGCCUGCAAGUAUGAAGAGCAAUCCAGACUCUCCUGAUAAUACUCCACCACCAACACCCACACUUCCAUCAACAGGCCCACAGUACCUUGGGAAAAUUCAGUCUGGGACCAUGGGGAACGGCAGCACUGGACAAGAUUCCUCCAAAGUCAAGCAGCGAAAGAGGAAAAAAAGCACUGCAGCUUGUGGUACAGAGGCCCAGAGUGAUGCCAUCCAGCCUGCCCACAUCAGAGAGGCCAUUCGACGCUACGGCCACAAGAUUGGGCCCCUUUCCCCUUACACAAGCGCCUACCGCAGAAAUGGGAUGACUUUUCUAGCUUGCUAAUAUGGAUGUGCCUACAGCAACAGGAAAGACAGUGUUAUAUUAAGGACUGACUCAUUGCCAAAUGCUGCUGCUGUCGAGUUAAUCGCAAGAGCCAAGGACUUAAAAGAUUCUAAAUACUGGACAUCCACCAUAACCAGCACAAUUCUUACAUGGAUCAAUCUCUUUCGUGGGCAAUUUUUAGAUGUGGUUCCUUUACUGAAUUAUUGCAAUUGAUAUAUUCAGUAUUAUCCUUUCCAUAGUGGCAUAAUUAUACUUUAAAAACAUUUUUGCAUGUCAUUUUUCUGGAAUUGAUCUGAUGUUAAAGAACUAAAAAUAGUGUAUACAGUAAAGAAGAAAACCCAUUGCUGAUGUUCUGUCUGUGCUUGCUGAAAUGUAUGAUUAAACCUUUCUUUUUAUCAUGA